AUGGCUCUGAACGAUUUGACUACGGCGAAUGGGGUCGACCGGCUUUUCGAGUCCGUGCUGGAGGACUUCGGCCACUUGGACAUUGUUGUCAAUACGCUCGGAAAGGCUCUGAAGAGGCUGACUCCAUGUUUGCAUGAGUUAGUACCUUUUGACAACAGGGGUGGCGGGGAGUUGGCAAUUCGCAUCCAGGAUCCAUUCCAGGCAACUUUUUUCAUACUACAGGCGGCCGCGCAGCAUGUGGCGGACGACCGGAAGAUCAUGUCGGUUGUCACCGCGUUGCUGGGCACCGUCACGGGCUCUAUACCUCGUACGCCGGCUCCGAAGCACCUGUCGAGCACCUCGCGGAGUCUGCAAGGAACUAGCAGGGCGCCGAGAACGGAGCUGGUCUCCCCACAGUGUUCUUCGAUCCGCAGGAGUCGCGCCAGGCCGAUGGAAUUUCACAAGAGCAACGGUAUGGGCAAUCGCCUGACGGUUGUCAAGAACAUUGCCCCAUUGAUCUGA